UUUAAUCAGUCUGCUUUAAAUACCGGAAUAACGCCGCGUUAGCUGGGUGUGUGAACAUGACCCAGUGAGUGAUGAAGAGACAGAAGUACUUCACCCCCGCUGAGGUGGCUGCUCACAACACCGCCGCCGACCUGUGGGUGUCAUUUCUGGGCAAAGUGUGUGACCUGACCCCGCUGAUGGAGCAACACAAAGGCGACGCUCUGCUGUUACCCAUCAUGGAGUGUGCAGGAAAGGACAUCAGCUGCUGGUUCGACCCUGAAACCAAAGAUGUGCUGAAAUAUGUAGACCCAGUGACUAACUGCGUGAGGUACUACACCCCCAGGGGCCGCUUUGUGCACGUUCCCCCCGCCGGCCCUCGCUCCGACUGGGCCAGUGAUAUCGGCCAGCCCUGGUGGAGGGAUGAACGCUACGAGGUGGGACUGCUGUCUGCUAAAACCAGGUGGAUACGAGUCGUCAACACGCUGACAUCACAGGAGCAGCGCCUGCAGGUGUGCUCAGAGGAGACUCUGGCUGAGAUCCUUCAGCGUUACCUGCGCUACAACUCCCACGCCUGCAGCUACACCUGGAAACAUGCCGGAGCCAGCCUGGACAUGAGCCGGACGCUCAGCGAGAACAACAUCCCCGACGACGACCUCGAGCUCCAACAGCUGCGAUUGGACCGAGACCUCUUCACUCCCGCCAUCCUCCUCCACUUUAACGAUGACCUCACUGAGGGCUGACCUCUGACCUCAUCAAGGAGGACAGCUGGGAGGUGACAACAGAUCAGUGUAGAGAAGAGUCACCAUGAGAGCAUUAUGACCAGGACAUUAAAUGUUCAUGAGAAACAUGUGGCUGAUUUAUUCUGUUGACUCAAAGAUCUAGAUGGGACUUUAAUCUGAGACUUUUUUUAUUGGAUGGAUUGUGAUGAGGUGGUUUAUCAUUCAUGUUCGCCUCAGGAUGAAUUCUGACUUU